CUGAGUCUUGUCACAGUGCAAGAUUGCAGAUUUGCUCCAGUUGUCUGUGAUUAAUACUGUGAGGCCUAAAGAGACUCACUAGGGAGACGCAUAAUAUAUGCCAUUGUGAUUUCUGUUUGGUGACUCUUAAACCAAAACCUGUUUAGACCUUUCCCGCAUCAUCCAUCUAGCUUCCUAAAUAGACGUAGCUCCAGAGGGCAGAGUGUCAGGCCAGCGGCUAAAGCAUCGUUUGGGUUUUCACUUACAUAACCUAACAUCAUAUCAGAGUGGUGUCAUCAGAGAUGGCUCAGUCACAGUUUGCCGACGGUGCAUAUACAUGGAAGAGGGAAUCUACCGUGAGUCAGAGACAACUUUCUCAUACGAUUAGGAGAAAAAUGCGUUCAGCUUUCAGCAGACACAACGGAAGCGAAACACGGCCUGGUUUCAAAGCGCACCUGCUCGACCCAUAUCGCCUUCUUGGAUGUGGCCACUUGACAGGUGUUGUGUUUGGGUUUUCCUUCACGCUACGGUUUUCACAGACACAGACGGCUGUUUAGCAGAACGACACUCACGUUCUGUUUGUUGAUUUCUGUCAGGGGCCAGACUUCGCUCUGUCUCCUUGAUCUUCAGCGCCAGGCGGACCAGAGGAUUCGGGGUUUGAAGCGCAGCUUAGGUGUUUAAACCGCAGCGCGCUGAGGCGGGAAACCCCGCCCGGCGCUCGGCCGGCGGGCUCCUCUGAUUGGACCAGGCUGCGCCCGGCCUGCCAAUGAGGAGGCGGCGCGCAGCUUCCCGGAAGUGGCGGCGCGAGCAGGGUCGGCCUGGGCCGCCCUGAGUGCUGGAGGUCGGGAUCGGCGGCACUAUGAGUUCCUUUGAGGGACAGAUGGUAGAGUAUCCAACCAUCUCCAUAGACCGCUUCGACAGGGAGAACCUGAGGGCCCGCGCCUACUUCCUGUCCCACUGCCACAAGGAUCACAUGAAAGGGCUAAGAGCCCCAACCUUGAAAAGAAGAUUGGAAUGCAGCUUGAAGGUUUAUCUAUACUGUUCACCUGUUACCAAGGAGUUGUUGUUAACUAAUCCAAAAUACAGAUUUUGGGAGAAACGAAUUAUAUCAAUUGAAACUGAAACUCCUACCCAGAUAUCAUUAGUUGAUGAAGCAUCAGGCGAGAAGGAAGAAAUUGUUGUGACUCUCUUACCAGCUGGUCACUGCCCAGGAUCAGUUAUGUUUUUAUUUCAGGGCAGUAAUGGAACUGUCUUGUACACAGGAGAUUUCAGACUGGCAAAAGGAGAAGCUGCCAGAAUGGAACUUCUGCACUCUGGUGGCAGAGUGAAAGACAUCCAAAGUGUCUAUUUAGAUACUACUUUCUGUGAUCCAAGAUUUUAUCAAAUUCCAAGUCGGGAGGAAUGUUUAAAUGGGAUUUUGGAGCUGGUUCGAAGCUGGAUCACUCGGAGUCCGUACCAUGUUGUCUGGCUAAACUGUAAAGCGGCUUACGGCUAUGAGUAUUUGUUCACCAACCUUAGUGAAGAAUUGGGAGUCCAGGUUCACGUGGAUAGGCUGGACAUGUUUAGAAACAUGCCGGACAUUCUUCAUCAUCUCACAACAGAUCGCAGCACCCAGAUCCAUGCGUGUCGGCAUCCAAAGGCAGAGGAAUAUUUUCAUUGGAACAAAUUACCCUGUGGAAUUACUUCCAGAAAUAGAAUUCCACUUCACACAAUCAGCAUUAAGCCAUCUACCAUGUGGUUUGGAGAAAGAACCAGAAAAACAAAUGUAAUUGUGAGGACUGGAGAGAGUUCAUACAGAGCUUGCUUUUCUUUUCAUUCCUCCUACAGUGAGAUUAAAGAUUUCUUGACCUACAUUUGUCCUGUGAAUGCGUAUCCAAAUGUUAUUCCACUAGGCACAACAAUGGAUAAAGUUAUAGAAAUCUUAAAACCUUUAUGCCGAUCUUUCCAAAGUCUUGAGCCAGAGUAUAAACCACUUGGAAAACUGAAGAGAACUAGAACAAUCCACUAUGACUCAGAAGAGGAAGAUGAUGAGCUCUUUGAUGAUCCUCUGCCAGUACCUUUAAGGCACAAGGUUCCAUACCAGCAAACUCUUCACCCAGAAGCAUUUUCAACAACGACAGUAUCAGAAAACCAGCCUAAAAAGCUGAGACAAAGCAUAGGAAGCUGCAAAGCAGAGAGUAUGCAAAGCUCUCUUUCGGAAAACUUUGUAGAUUGUGAAGAAUCCAAUAGUGCAAGUGAAGAAGAAUUAGAAAUCCCAGCUUCACUGCAAGGAGACCUGGACCCUGUAACACUUCACCAGCAAAAGGCUGAAGUGGAUAUACCACAGUGGGAAGUAUUCUUUAAAAGAAAUGAUGAAAUCACAGAUGAAGGUUUGGAGAACUUCCCUCCCUCCACAGAAACAGGGGGAUCUCAGUCACCAAAGCUUUUCAGUGACUCUGAUGAAGAAUCAACCCAUAUCUCCUCACAGAAUUCGUCUCAGUCAACACACAUAACAGAACAAGGAAGUCAAGGUUGGGACAGCCAAUCGGAUACUGUUUUGUUAUCUUCCCAAGAAAGAAACAAUGGAGAUACUACCUCUUUGAACCAAGGUGGCUGUAGACCAAGAAUCAAAGAGAAUAUACCUGUCUCUCAGAUGGAACAAAAUGUACUUUGCCCAAAGGAUACUUACUCUGAUUUGAAAAGCAGGGAUGCAGGUUUAACUGUAGUUCCCAGUAUUGGGGAACCAACCACUCUAAGUGAUGGGAAACAUUUACCUGAGGAAAAAAGGUUGCUACAUCUUAGCACAAACACAGAUUCGCAGAGCUCCUCUGAUUUUGAAAUUCCCUCAACUCCAGAAGCUGAGUUACCCAAACGAGAGCAUCUGCAACAUUUAUAUGAGAAGCUGGCAGCAGGUGAGAGAAUAGUAGUUGAAAAAGAAAAUGCUCACUCUUGGAUACUGAAGAAUUAAAAACACUUGGUCCUAGAACAAUCACUAAAAAACUUAAAUUCAUCAAUGUGACUAUUAAAUAGAAAACCUAAAAAUGUUCAAAUAACCCAAAAGAAGGUAUUAAAGGGGACCUAGGAACAAAAAUCAGAAAGCAAACAAAUUGGUAGAACUAAAUCCAAAAAAGCCAAGAAUUAGAUUAAGCAUAAAUGCCCUGGACAUACCGAUGCAAAGACAGAUUCAGGCUAAAAAUAAACCAGUUAUAUAUGCUUCCUGUAAGAAAUUAAAUUUAAAUGAUAUAUGCAGGUUAAAAGGAUACGGGCCUGCACUGUGGCAUAGUGGGUAAAGCUGCCACCUUCAGUGCCGGCAUUUCAUGUGGAUGUUGGUUCGAAUACCGGCUGCUCCACUUCCUAUCCAGCUCUCUGCUAUGGCCUGGGAAAACCGUAGAAGAUGGCCCAAGUCACUGAGCCCCUGCACCCGCGUGGGAGACCUGGAAGUGGCUCCUGGCCCCUGGCUCCAGAUCAGCACAGCUCUGGCCACUGCAACCAUUUGGGGAGUAAAUCAGCAGGUGGAAGACCUCUCUCUCUCUCUGCCUCUCCUUCUCUGUGUAACUUUGACUUUCAAAUAAAUAAAUCUUAAAAAAAAAGUAAAAGGAUGAAAAAUGAUAUACCAUGUAAAACUCUAAAGGAAAGCUGGUAUGGCUAUGUUAGUAUCAAGCAAUGUCCUAGUGAUAAAAGUCCCAGUUCACCACAACAUAAUACUAAAUGUAUACCUAACAAAUUCAAAGUAAAUGAAACAAAACCUGCUGAAAAGACACAAAAUAAUGCACAAUUAUAAUUAAGGACUCUUAACAUCCCUCUCAGUAAUAUGGAGGUACUUCAAAAAGUUCAUGGAAAAUGGAAUUAAAUAUUUUGGUAAGAAAAUUUUAAAUCCAUAUCUAGUUUUUUCAUAAUAUAUAUAUAUAUAAUUUUUUAAAUUUUUGACAGAGUGGACAGUGAGAGAAAGAGAAAGGUCUGCCUUUUGCAGUUGGUUCACCCUCCAAUGGCCGCCCCGGCCGGCGCAUCGCGCUGAUCCAAAACCAGGAGCCAGGUGCUUCCUCCUGGUCUCCCACGCGGGUACAGGGCCCAAGCACUUGGGCCAUCCUCCACUGCACUCCCUGGCCAUAGCAGAGGGCUGGCCUGGAAGAGGGGCAACCAGGACUAGAACCCAGUGUGCCGGCGCCGCAAGGCAGAGGAUUAGCCUAUUGAGCCGCGGCACCAGCUUCAUAAUAUAUAUUUUCCAUUAACUUUUUAAGUCAGAGCUACAGAGUACGAUCUGCUGCUUCAUUCCCCAAAUGGCUACAACAGCCAAGGCUAGGCCAGGCCAAAGCCAGGAGUUUCCAGGUCUCCCAUGUGGGUGCAGGGGCCCAAUGAUUUGGGCCUUCUGCUGCUUUCCCAGGCCAUUGGCAAGGAGCUGGAUUAGAAGCAAAGCAGCUGAUUCUCCUUGACUGCAGACGGCAGCUUAACACUGCACCAGCCCCUCUAUGAAUUUUUUGAAAAUCCUAAAUCUACAGAAAAUCAAGAAUAAUAAGGAACUGAAUGCUACUUGUAAGCCAACUGGACUGACAUUUAUAGGACACCCACUCCAAACAGCAGCAUAAUAUGUUCUUCAAUUCUACAAGGACAUUAACCAAGAUAUGCUGUAUCUUGGGUCACAGAACACUGCAUACAGGCUAAAAGAAUAACCUUUGAUCUAUUUAAACAUCAAAUUUAUCUCAAAAGAUGGUGUAUCAUGCAAGAACCUUGUGAUUAAGUGGUAAAACUACACCGAGAAUAGUUAAGAUGUAAAAGAAAUCCUUAAGAAUUAAAUGACAAAGUAUAUUUGUGUUCUGUGUCAUUUAACUUCCUUAAAAGCCAUUAAUAAAUUAUGCUUAUGUUUUGGUAUGAGGAAUUAAUUUGGUGUGCUGACAUUUCAUAGGUUAAGGAAACAAAAGUGGAUACAUCACUUAAAUCUAGGUGGAGUCUCAAACAUAACUUGCAGAUUAAACUAUGUGCAUCAUCAAUAUGCUGCAUGGUAAUGUUUGUUCCACCAGACAAAUUAGGGUAGCAAGACUCAAGAAUCAAUGUAUAUAUUCUGAUACUUAAGACUUAGUUUUAGUAUUAUACCUUAUGAUCCAAGGUGGAUACUCAAAAAAUACCUAUAAACGUUCUGCCUAUGUGUCUAGGAUUUAAUAAUCAUACCAUUUUCAUGGUCACGUGAAUCUGACAUGAAUGUUGGUUAAAUGAUUCUAAAGGCUAAGACAAUAGAACAGACUGAUCAACAAACUUGUAGAGAUUUUAAAGCAGAGGUAGAAAUACAACUAAUACUUACAAGAGGGUACUUCAAAAAGUUCAUGGAAAAAAUGUUUUAGGGUGAAGAAAUUUUUAAGUCCAAGUCCAUGCUUAUGUAAAAUCUUCAAUAGGUUCAUUAAACUACAUAUGAAAAGUUAUGCAUGAAGCCAGGAGCUUCAUCUGGGUCUCCCAUGUGGGUGGCAGGGACACAAGUACUUGGGUCAACUUCUGUUGCUUUUCCAGAUGCAUUAGCAGGGAGGUGGAUUGGAAAUGGAACAGUCAGGACUCCAAUUGGUACUCACAUGGGAUGCAGGCCGCAGCUUAACCCGCUGUGCCACAAUGCCAAGACCCAACAAGAACUGCUUCUGAUGUGGGUAGGCAGGGAGCUAAUGAGCAAACAGGAGCUCUCUGCCUGCCAGAAGCCUCUGUGCUGCAACCCUACACCACACAAACCCCACCCCCUUCCAGGCUGAUUUAACAUGGAUACAGGUAGACACACUCAUUUACCAUCAAGUACCUACCCUCCCUUCCCAUCAUGUAGAAGACACCAUGAUGACCACAUAUAUACUACAGCCCCAAGUAGAGAUGCCAUGAUGCCUGAGAUUCCUAUAAAAGGGAAACAGAGGCAAGUGGUAUAAAAGCCCUGCCCAAACUAUCUCAAUGGAAUAUUCAACUAGGAUACUACCCCUAUCCUACACAGGGACCAGCCCAACUUUGGUGGGAAACCCCCUUCCGUUCUCAUGGAAAGUUGCUCAUACUCACAUCUUAGUGUGUACUAUCCCUUUAAAAAAAAAUCUUUUUCUCAUGUAUAUAAAAACUGCAGAUUUAAAAAUUUUUCCAAAAUUCCAUUUUUUCAUUAACUUUUUGAAGUACCAUCAUGUAUAGUACUUACUAAAAUAAUGCGUUACAUUUUUCAGGCACUGUAUAUUAACUCCUUUAAUCCUCCCACCCUUUGAGGUAGAUUAGGAGCUAAGGCACAGAAGUGACUUCACACAGCUAGUAAGGGGCAAAGUCAGGAUUCAGACAUAAUUUGAUUUUGCAGUCCACAGUCAUACUAUGUGCUAUGAUGGCUUUCAAAAAGGGCAUUAAAAAGGGACAGGGUUAAUUGUGAUGGCUGCUUGAUCUUCAAGUAUAAGUUGCAACAGGAGCAGGUGUUUGAUCUACUAGUUAAGCUGCCAGUUGGGAUGCCCACUUCUGAUACCUGGGUGCUUGAGUCUUGGCUCUGCUCCUGAUUCCAGCUUCCUGCUAGCAGGCACCUUGAAAGGCAGCAGUUGAUGGCUCAUGUUAUUGGGUCCCAGCACUUGCAGGAGAGUAGGAUUAGAUUCCUGGCUUCCAGCUUUGACCUGGCCCAGUGCCAGCUGUUGUGGAUAUUUGGGGGGGUGGGGAAGAAGAUGGGAAGUGUGUCUUCCUGACUCUGAAAAUUUAAAUUUCAAAAUGCCAAGAUAAAUCAGAAGAAAUCCAAUGGGUAGCCACAUUUCCCUCAAAGAAGCCUUCUAGGACUUCAAUAUUUGUGUAAGUAGUAGAAAUUGAUUUUUUUUAAGUUUGCCUUACAUUAAAGAUAAAAACAGGUAUAAUUUACAGGUGAUCUUGGGCAUAUUAGUAUUACUUAACCAGUUUAAGCCUGUUACCUUAGUUAUAUAGGAAUGACAGCACCAACCUUAUAGAUUUCUGAGUACAUAUUGUAUAAAAUGUUUAAGACUUGCUCAAUGAAAAUUAGCUCUGAAUUCUAAAAUUCCUUUGCAUUUCCAGGCAGUAUCUAACACAGUACAUUUAAGACCUGAAGACUAAUAAAGCACAGAAAAUUUCAGAAGUAUUCAUCUACUCUGUGCUAACUGAAUGUAUAAUUGUACUUUUACUAUUCAAAAGCACAAACCGUAACAAAAAGUUUUCUCCAAAGGAAAGCAACAUUUAAAGGAACUGUAUGUAAUCCUUUGGUUAAUCUCAUCAGGAAGUAAUCAGAAACACAUCAUUUUCUGUCCUUUUUGUAGCCUUACUGGAAACAACUAUAUUCAGAAACAAAGAAAGCUAAGCCAUGAUAAAUACAACAACAAAUACUGAACUAACAGAAAAAUAAAUACAAUCCAGAUUUUGCAUAAAUGGGGGAAACCCUGAGAUUACACUGAAAAUGAUGGUAUUAAUACAACUUCCAUGAUGGAUUUACUUUUUUUUUUUUUUUUUUUUGGACAGGCAGAGUGGACAGUGAGAGAGACAGAGAGAAAGGUCUUCCUUUGCCGUUGGUUCACUCUCCAGUGGCCGGCGCGCUGCAGCUGGUGCACCGCGCUGAUCCAAUGGCAGGAGCCAGGUGCUUAUCCUGGUCUCCCAUGCGGUGCAGGGCCCAACCACUUAGGCCAUCCUCCACUGCACUCCCGGGCCACAGCAGAGAGCUGGCCUGGAAGAGGGGCAACCGGGACAGAAUCCGGCGCCCCGACCGGGACUAGAACCCGGUGUGCCGGCGCCGCAAGGUGGAGGAUUAGCCUAGAGAGCCGCGGAGCUGGCCGGAUUUACAUUUUAAACCUGGUAAAACCCUUGAUAACUGCUUUAUAUUUAAAGAACAAAUUCUGAAAUGUUAAAUAAUCUGAAGAAGCUAAACACUGACUUAUAAUAAUACAGCCCCUAAACAGUUCAUUCAGUUUCUAUUUUACUGCUUCAGUUCAGUGUUUUUAGUAACAUAAAGGUAAUACAAGAACUUAAGACAUCAAGGCCCACUAAAUUUCUGAUAAGGACAAAGCAAAACUGCAAAUUUAGCAAAUAGAGUCUUUUCUUCUUUGCCCUCCAGUUUUACAUUUUUUAAUCUACUUAAGUUUUCCAAAACCAAACAAGACAGUAAAACAAAUUAUAUCGACAAAUUACAUCUUUACACUUGUGAAAAUGAUAACAAAGUAAGCCUGGCCACUGGGGGCACUAUAAGCUUGCAACCCUUUCUCAUUACUUGACACUAGGUGACUAAUUUUUCAUAAAGUGAACACAAGAAAUGCCAUUAAAGAUGUAUUUGUCCUUGCCAUAUUCUGAAAAUUGUGGAUAUUAGGUACACUCUUAGACCCCAAACAUGUCUACAGUAUGAAAGAACUCUUAUGUGAUGACUAUAUAAUCAAUAAUAAAGUAUAGCUUCUCCUUUAACUACACUGAGUUUUCAAGAAGGUAUUUGAAGUGCUGCAUUCUUGAAGUUCAAUUUUACUAAAACCCAUGCUUACUUUAGGUCAUGAAAGCCUAAAGCAAUUAGCUUUAGGGUGAAGUUAAUCAGGAAUACUGAAAGCUAGAUAUAUUUGCUACAAUUAUCUUCAUGUUGGACAUCAUCUUUAGAAAUCCCAGAAUCAGAAAGAGAUGAAAGCAGUUUUUCCUUACUGAGGUUUCACUAUGCCAGGAAAAAAAAAAAAAAAUCAAA